AUGUGCUUUAUCAUCUCUACCUUCCUAUUAUUUACUAUCUGCGCUGUGACCAUUAAUGCACAAUGCGAGCGCUAUCUGAAUUGUCUGGAUUGCGCUGGGGCGCAGACGGUUGGGUAUACUUGCCGAUGGUGCCUCGACAGCGGUAGUUGCGUCAACGGCCUGCUCGCCUGCUCAACCUAUACGGUCAUUACGCAGUACAAUUGUCCACGAAAUAUCAGUCAGAUUGUCUUUCCGUACUACCUCCUGACCAGCCGCAUAAUCCCAAUCACGAAGGCGGCGAACGCGGUGUUGGAUUUGUGGGCGAAGGAAGAUGUCCUACCCAUAUUACAGAAUAUGCACAAUGACACCACGAUUAUUUACUCGAACACCGUCGUCUGCGAUCACGGAAUGGCCUCUGUGAUCGUGGCAGCCAUUGAGCCGAAUCGAGAAGCCGUCAUUGCCUUUGAUUCGACUGUCGGUUUCGAUGAGAUCAUUGCCCAAAUCUUUGACUUUCUGCUGAAUCGGCAGGAAAAGUUUCGCUUUGGCGGGAGAGUGUUGAAAUAUUACAAUUCCUGCUUUUUCUCGCUAUGGGAUAAUGGACUCAACGACACGAUGCAGGAAUAUUUUGUAUCGCGGAAAAAUUGGAAUAUCACGGUGACCGGCGCCGGAAUUGGUGGUUCGCUGGCGUCGAUGCUAAUCCCGGCCGUUGCCACAUUGUUGCGGUUGUCAAAUAUCAACCUGCUGACGGUGGGCCAGCCGCGCACCGGGGACAUCACUUUCGCUAUCAGUGUCGAGAGCAACACCCAUUCGGCAUUUCGGGCGGUCGUCGGCGCUGAUCUACUGGCCGACAUGCCAAAGCGUAUCGGCGAUUCUCUAGAUUUGGCCCACCAUUUCGCGUUUGAGGUCUAUUUCCCCGAUGGCCUCGACGACCCGUACCACAUCUGCGACCAACCCGAAAGCCCCUAUUGCAGUAAUAGCGUCUUUUUCAAAGUACCCUGGCUUAAUAUGCUGUAUUUUGUGAAGCUGGAA